GAGAGGAGCAGCGGGGGAAGGAUGCUGCAGAGCCGCAGAGAGAGAGGCAGGUGAUGCGGCGACACAUGGCAGCCUGCCCGUUCUGACCGACUCCUCCAUUGUCGCCGCGGAGCAGGAGAGGCUGCACGCGCACCCGGAUGCUGGGAGAAGGAGGCUGCCGCAAACCCCCCCUCCCCCCCAGGCCAGAGAGAGAGAGACAGACCCCGGGGAACCGCACGGACCGAUGACCGGACGGCCUGACUGACCACGUUGCCUUGGGCGUGUUAUUUUGUCCCUGCCGAGCCGCCGUAGCGAUGGGAGACAACGUGUCCAAGCGCUUGAAGCUGGUCUCGGCCACGGAGGCAGAGAUGGAGGAGCGAUCUUUUCCAAACCCCUACCCCGACUGGGACCCGGGCGCGCGCACGUCCGGCUCGGGCGAGGAGGACGACCACCGGGAACCAUUCGAUGCGGAAGGAAAGGUGCUGCAUCAUUACGCAGAAGAAGGUGAUGAUAAAUCAAAAGAUCUCCUCCAGCAGAUGGAGGAGGGGCUGAAGACCGCCGACCCACAUGACUUCUCCACCUACACCGGCUGGACAGGCAUUGCCCUGCUGUACCUCCAGCUGCACCGGCUGACCCAUGAGGCCGCCGACCUGCAGAGGGCCCUGGACUACGUGAAGCGGACCAUGAGGAUCCUUAACGGACGCAAGGUGACGUUCCUCUGCGGCGACGCGGGGCCGCUGGCGGUGGGCGCCGUGGUUCACCACAAACUGAACAAUGCCGCCGACAGCCAGGACUGCCUGUCCAGGGUGCUCCAGCUGCAGCGGGCCGUGCUGAGUCCGGACUCCGACAUGCCCGAUGAGCUGCUGUACGGCCGCGCCGGCUACCUCUACGCUCUGCUCUACGUCAACCAACAGAUGGGGGCGGACGCGGUGGAGCAGGACGUCAUCACCAAGGUGGCGACGGCCAUUGUGGAAUCGGGGAAGAACCUUUCAGUGGAGCAGAAGAAGACGGACCGCUGCCCCCUGCUGUACGAAUGGCACAAGAAGCAGUACAUCGGCGCCGCCCACGGCCUGGCCGGCAUCUUCUGCACGCUCAUGCAGCCGGGAGCGCAGGUCCCCGCGGCCGUCCUGUCGGAGCUGGUCCGUCCCAGCAUCGACUACGUCCGGCACAAGAGGUUUCGCUCGGGGAACUUCCCGUCCUCGCUGAGCAACGAGAGCGACCGCCUGGUCCACUGGUGCCACGGAGCGCCCGGCAUCGUGCACAUGCUCAUCAUGGCGUACAGGGUGUUCAAAGAGGAGAAGUACCUGAAGGAGGCGGCAGACUGCGCGGAGGUCAUCUGGCAGCGGGGCCUGCUGAGAAAAGGCUACGGCAUCUGCCACGGCACCGCCGGCAAUGGCUACGCCUUCCUGUCGCUGUACAAGCUCACCCAGGACAAGAAGUACCUGUACCGCGCCUGCAAGUUCGCCGAGUGGUGCUUGGCCUACGGGACGCACGGCUGCCGCAUCCCGGACAGACCCUACUCUCUGUUUGAAGGGAUGGCAGGAGCCAUCUACUACCUGUCAGAGCUUUCACACCCCGAAGCCUCCUGCUUCCCCGCCUUUGAACUUUGACCCGGCAGCUGAUUGGAGGUCGUGGAAAGGUUACGCUGGUGGUGCAGCUUUCAGCCUUGAAACAACAACUGAGGAGAUUGAAGUCAGUCACUUCGUCUGGUAAAUAAAUGUUCUGCUUUAUGAAAUGAAACCCAAAAGAAGGAUGGGAGACGUCUGUCGGACAUGAACGUCGACUGGUCCAGUGAAAAUAAAAGCAGAAGCUGCACUCAAGGGGAUAAUGUUGAGCUUCCUGAGGAUUGGACACUUCCAGCCUGUGACACUCCUCUGGGGGGGGACAAGGACAGAGAAGACCACAGAGCCCCUCAUAGCAGCCAGGAGGUGUGAGACGUGUACGUUGCCUCUGCAUGCUCACUGUGAUCUGCUCGUGGUGCCUCAUCUCCUGUGAUUCCAUCUUUGUGUGUGUGUGUAAAAAAUAGUUGGAAGGACACAUAUGUUAUUGUAAAAACCUGUACGCGAGCUACUGAAUGUAUCCCUGUGCUGCUUUUCGCUUUUUCAGAAUUGUGAAAAUUGUGUCUCCUGUCUAAUAUUUGUAAAUAGUAAAUUUACUUCAAAUAUAUACAAAAUGUAAUAAAACUAUUAAGGGGAAAAGUAAA